ACGCGCGGGGCAGCCCUACCUCCCGCUCGCGCUCCUCCCGCCCUGGAGACUCCGGUGCAGGGGGCGGUGAGCCUGCUGCCUCGGUUACUGGGGAGCAACACAGCCGCCUCGGGUUGCAGACGCUCCUGUCCGGGUCGCAGUGGGACGCCAUGGAGCGCUCCCUGCACCGCGUCUCCCUCGGGAGCCGGCGUGCCCACCCGGACUUGUCCUUCUACCUCACCACCUUUGGUCAGCUGAGGCUGUCCAUUGAUGCCCAGGACCGGGUUCUGCUGCUUCACAUUAUAGAAGGUAAAGGCCUGAUCAGCAAACAGCCUGGCACCUGUGAUCCAUAUGUGAAGAUUUCUUUGAUCCCUGAAGAUAAUAGACUACGCCACCAGAAGACGCAGACCGUUCCAGACUGCAGAGACCCGGCUUUCCACGAGCACUUCUUCUUUCCUGUCCAAGAGGAGGAUGAUCAGAAGCGUCUCUUGGUUACUGUGUGGAACAGGGCCAGCCAGUCCAGACAGAGUGGACUCAUUGGCUGCAUGAGCUUUGGGGUGAAGUCUCUCCUGACUCCAGACAAGGAGAUCAGUGGUUGGUACUACCUCCUAGGGGAGCACCUGGGCCGGACCAAGCACUUGAAGGUGGCCAGGCGGCGACUGCGGCCGCUGAGAGACCCGCUGCUGAGAAUGCCAGGAGGUGGGGACACUGAGAAUGGGAAGAAACUAAAGAUCACCAUCCCGAGGGGAAAGGACGGCUUUGGCUUCACCAUCUGCUGCGACUCUCCAGUCCGAGUCCAGGCCGUGGAUUCCGGGGGUCCGGCGGAACGGGCAGGGCUGCAGCAGCUGGACACGGUGCUGCAGCUGAACGAGAGGCCUGUGGAGCACUGGAAAUGUGUGGAGCUGGCCCACGAGAUCCGGAGCUGCCCCAGUGAGAUCAUCCUACUCGUGUGGCGCAUGGUCCCCCAGGUCAAGCCAGGACCAGAUGGCGGGGUCCUGCGGCGGGCCUCCUGCAAGUCGACACAUGAUCUCCAGUCACCCCCCAACAAACGGGAGAAGAACUGCACCCAUGGGGUCCAGGCACGGCCCGAGCAGCGUCACAGCUGCCACCUGGUAUGUGACAGCUCUGAUGGGCUGCUGCUCGGCGGCUGGGAGCGCUACACCGAGGUGGCCAAGCGCGGGGGCCAGCACACGCUGCCUGCACUGUCCCGUGCCACUGCCCCCACCGACCCCAACUACAUCAUCCUGGCCCCGCUGAAUCCUGGGAGCCAGCUGCUCCGGCCUGUGUACCAGGAGGAUACCAUCCCCGAAGAAUCAGGGAGUCCCAGUAAAGGGAAGUCCUACACAGGCCUGGGGAAGAAGUCCCGGCUGAUGAAGACAGUGCAGACCAUGAAGGGCCACGGGAACUACCAAAACUGCCCGGUUGUGAGGCCGCAUGCCACGCACUCAAGCUAUGGCACCUACGUCACCCUGGCCCCCAAAGUCCUGGUGUUCCCUGUCUUUGUUCAGCCUCUAGAUCUCUGUAACCCUGCCCGGACCCUCCUGCUGUCAGAGGAGCUGCUGCUGUACGAAGGGAGGAACAAGGCUGCCGAGGUGACACUGUUUGCCUAUUCGGACCUGCUGCUCUUCACCAAGGAGGACGAGCCUGGCCGCUGCGACGUCCUGAGGAACCCCCUCUACCUCCAGAGUGUGAAGCUGCAGGAAGGUUCUUCAGAAGACCUGAAAUUCUGCGUGCUCUAUCUGGCAGAGAAGGCAGAGUGCUUAUUCACUUUGGAAGCGCACUCGCAGGAGCAGAAGAAGAGAGUGUGCUGGUGCCUGUCGGAGAACAUCGCCAAGCAGCAACAGCUGGCAGCAUCACCCCCGGACAGCAAGAAACUCCACCCUUUCGGCUCUCUCCAGCAGGAGAUGGGGCCGGUCAACUCAACCAAUGCCACCCAGGAUAGAAGCUUUACCUCACCAGGACAGACUCUGAUUGGCUGAGCAAACCCAAGGGCAGGACUCUGCUUCUGGCAACUUAACCCUUUCUUGGGCAUCCCCUACCACACAGUAACCUCACCUCAACUGGACCUGAAACAGAGGACCAAGAUGGUGGGUCUAGGGUCAUCUGAAGGGAGUGGUCCCAAGGGUGCAUAUGGAUGUCAACAGAAGGACCACAAUGGUGUGAGAGGCCUUGUGGGCAUGCAGAGACUGGCAGCAGAAAGUCCCAAGAGGAGAGGACUCAGAGGCUUCUUCCUUCCAAGGAGGAGGAGGAGGAGGACAUUCCACAUCUGGGCUUCCAGUGGUGGCUCCCGGACCUGCCUUGGGGGCAGCAGGAGAGGUUGGGAGAGGUCACCCUGAUGAAGAACAAUGCCAUGAUCUGCUGCUGCCAGAGGACAUCUCCGCCCAUCCACUCAUUUUCCACCUGUACACAUUGGCUCAUUCAUUCGAUGGAUAUUUCGGGUGCAUCUACUUUAUGCCAGGCUCUGUGCUAGGAGCUGGGGAUACUGUGGAGAAAAAGUCGGAUAUGGUCUCGCUCUCAUCAAGAUUUCAGUCUAGCUGGGAGUGAGCGUUAAAUAAGUCAACACCAACACACACACAUGCACACACGUGAUGGCAAGCUGUGAUCAUCUAUGAAAGAAAAAACACAGAUUUCUUUAAGAGGGAAUUGUACUUAGAGUGCUGUGUGUGGGGGUGGGGAUGGGGAAGGACAUAACUUUUAAACCAAGACUUGUGGGCUGGAGAGGAAGGAGCCAGUCCUGGACUUGGGGAAGAGUGUUCGCGGUGGAUGGAAUAGCACGUGGAGAGUCCCUGAGAUGGGAAGGAGCUCAGCGGGCUGGAGGAAUGGCGAGCAGGCCAGUGUGGCUGGAGCUUAGUGAGGGGCAAGACACAGUGGGUGAGGUAGUUGAUGUCUUGUUGAUUUCAUUCUAGAUACACUGGAGAGCCAUUGAAGGCUUUUGAGGAAGGGAGUUGCAAGUACAUUUUUACAAGAUCCGUUUACACAUAGGAGGGGCCCAAGUGGGUGUGAGAUCAGUUAGGGGGCUCUUUCAGUUCUCCAGGUGAGGACUGUCCUGGUGGCUUGUCCUGGAUGGUGGCUGGGGAGGUGGAUGCCUGAAUGCCAGGCUCUGGAGAAGAGAUGACUCCCUGCCCCAUCCCCCUGCCUACCCUCCUCCUCAAUGGCCCCUCUCUCAGUGGAUGUGAGUGAGGAUUAGGACCUUCCCCACAGAGCCACCUUUUGGCCAGGCCUCGUGGGGGAUGGUGGGGGCAGUGCUGAGUUCUAGGAGUGUUCCUGGAAGUUGGGGGCAGUGAGUGCUCAGCCUGGCCCAGGUGGGAGAGUUCACUGCUGCCCAGGCCUUAGCAGGGGCUGCUGUGCUGUCUUUCCGUCCCAUGCUGAGCAUUGUGAUAGGAAGCUGCCACACAGUGCGCUGGAAACUGACUUGGCUUGCUUUCCAUGGGGCUUCCGAGGGCCAGGGACUGGGCUGGGGGUGGCCUAGCAGCUCUAGUGGAGACUGUGCUGCCGCAGGGCUGAAGGAAGACCAACCAAGGGGACAGCCGUUUGAGCCCAGCCCACUCACUGCCUGCUGCACCUCCAGCUGGAGCCCAGGGUUGGGCAGCUCUCAUACUCUUAUCUAACUGCCAGACCUAGAGGGAGGGAAGCCCAAGGCUGCAGGUUUGAGGGACACGGCUCAUGGGCAAAAGGGUAUCAAGAGGAUUAGAGUCACUUGCAUAGGAAAAGAGGGUCAGAGAGGCUGAGGGCUGGCUGAGGCCAGAGAGGUUCCCUGACCUUGGACAUUCUUUGUGUUGUGUAAGACCUCAGCAUCUUUAGAGAAAGGUUCUUGUGCCCCUGUGAGCUUGCUCAGCUGCUGUGGCCACUUGAACCCCAAAAAUGGUGGCCUAGAAGAGAAUACACCCCUUACUUCCCACUUAUCCUCCUCUCAACCUAGGAAAGAUCAGACAUAUUGACUCAACAGUCUAACAGGGGAUGGGCUGGAUCUGCCUGUGACCAGACCAAUGCCCCCCACCCAGCAGGGGAGUAAACGCUGCCUGAAGUGGGACCAGUGAUACACAGCAUCUCUGUCUGCCAGGGCUCAGCCCACGGGGGGGAUUUGUGAGAGGCUGAGCAGCUGGGUCUGCACAGACAGCAAGCUGCACUUUGAUUUCAUUUGAUUCCCUUACAAAAUGACAUUAAGGGGAAUGUGAGGCACAGGAGACUCGCCUGUCUGGGAAGGCAGCAAGCUCAUCUCUCCUGGACCUGGUGACCUACCUCUGUCUACCAGACAGGUGCAGAGGACAGGAGCUCUGGCCACAAAGAAAUGGACAGUCUGAAUGCAGCACACAUUCCUGGGGACAGGACUUUUCACCCAGCCUGUCCUGACAAGCUGCUGAGUCGAGCAGAUGCUCACAUCAGGGUCCCAGGUCCGGCUGUUAGGGAAGUGGACAUCAGUUCCUGGUGGGCCCUGGGCAGUGACUGUGGUGAGCCACAGCACCAUUGCUGCUCUGCCUCUCAAAUCGAUCGAACAAUUAAUUUGGCUCCACAGGCUCGAGAAGAUGAAACAUGACCUGAUGGCCACUGCUGUCCAGCAUCCCAGUCCAUCCUAGCUGUCCAGGAUGAUGAACAAGCUAUGGAAAUUGCACUUGAGAGCUAUAAUCACGGGAAACAUUGCCGAGCCCCUCCCUGCUACAUAAAUCAUGCUAAGAAGCACACAAUGGCCUCUUUCCUGAUGGGCUAAUUGUCUUGGUUUGGUGUCUCAGGCCCAGGAGCUGGGAAGAUGGGAGCACAACCAUUUAUUGUUGGAAAGACCAUCUGUGCAACUUGAAUACAAAGUGAUUCUUUUAGUUCCCCACACACCCCCGACCCUCUGAUCCCAUUUUCAUGUUUUUUUUUUUUCUUUUUAUGUCUCAGGCUCUGGUUCUUUUAAAACUCUUCAUCUAUCCUGUAAGCCAUCAGGCCUGGAUCUCUGCUGGCCUGGGUCUUUUGGCUAUUUGGGGGUUGGGACAUUGCAGACCUUUUGGAAAUAAUGACAUUUAUUUAUAUAUGUCUUAUAUUUUUAUUCUUUAUUUUUCCCCAUAAAUUCUAUUACCAAAGUCCUCAUUUGUCACACAUGGCACCAAGGCACCAAGAGGGUUUUUGCAAAGUGAAAAUGCAGGCAAUUUUGCAACGUGGAAGGGCUCCCCACAGCGAAAGUCCCACAUUGAGAGCCUAAACUUUGGAGAUGGCAACUGGGGUCCCCAGGCAUGAUCUCCCCCCAGCCUCCCAGCAGCCUUGUCUUAUGGAUGAAAGAGACCAAGGCUCUGAGAAGUUAAAUGUUUUAUCCUAGGUCACACAGCUGGUAAGGACCAAGCUUGCCCUCAAGCCAAGGCCUUUGAACCUAAUCUACCACUCAUUUCUGAUAAAAAGGUUUGUCUUUUAGGGAUAGAAGUAAGAGAAAUCAAUAAUCUCCAGGAAGAGGCAAGAGAGGGAUAUCCGGCAUGUCAGAAGCUGUGGCCCAUCAAGCUGUAGAGGGAAUGCUUUUAGGAUAAAUAAAAUGAGAUGCCUUAUUUUCCACCCAGUGGAGAAUAAACUUCCAGAAUGCAUUUUCCUGAGGGUGGCACAGGCUGAAAAGAUCAAUAGCUUCCCACAAGAUUUGAAAAAAGCCUAAAAUGAGAGAUCAGUUUGAGCUCCUUAAGACAGGUUCUCAGGGAGCUCUGGAAUGGUUAGGUUACACCCCUUCCCCUUUUGAAUUUGGCAUCAAAAGGAUCAGCAGACAGAGUCAUGGAGUGCUUGGCAGUGAUGGAAUAUUGGCCAAAGGCAGAGAGGUAUAGCUUCAGGCUCAGGCUGGCUUGUGCCCAGCGUAAGUACUGGAAGGAGGCCUUUGACCUGAGACCAGCUGAGGGCACAGAGAGGGCCUGCCCAUGCGGAACCCGCCAGGUUUUUUGCGCAGAUUUUGCUAAUUGACUGAUUUAGUAUCUCAGCCCUGAAUAAAGGGGAAUCAAAUGGAUCUGAUUUCAGCCAUCUCCCCCAAGAGAUGCAGACUCUUCUCCCUAAAAACUGUUUCCAGGCAGCCUCCAGCUCUCCUCCCCAUUCCUUGCUGCUGUCCUAUCAGUGGACAGACUGCCUUCUUCGCUGUCUUGCUCUUGGUCUCAGCCAUCUUGCUAUUGUUUUUUUUAGCCCCUGAAGAAGACAGUGCAACCUUACCCUCUAUCCUGUCUUCGCCUUCUCUUCCUCGAAGACUUUCUCUGAAUAGGGCCAUCCAUCCUCCAAACUGUUCCCAGAUCCUUGGUUUUAAAGGUAGAAUGAUAACAUAAGGUAACCUGGUGGGCACUUACAAGAUGAGCCAGGCACAGGGUCAAGCUUUUUACCUACCCUGUCUCAUCUAAUCCUCAUGCAGACUUACAAGGUGUGUUAUCCCUGUUAUACAUUUACUCUCACUAUGCCCAAUUUAGAUAUGAAGACGCUGAGUCUCAGAGAAGUUAAGAAACGUGCCCAAGGUCACACAGCUAGUGGGUAGCUAGGAUUGAAACUUGGACAGCCCAGCUCCAGGGCACCUGCUUUUGAUUAUUUUGCUAUAUGGCUUUCCUGUAACUGCAGACCAUCCAAGCUGGGAGGGCCAGGGAGACUGGACUGUCACACUCCUGCUUAAAGACCAUUGUGGGAGGCCACUGUCUUCAGAAUAAAGCUUGGCUUUCCAGGCUCUCCUUGGUAGCACUACACUCCUGCUUUGCACCUGGAGCCCAGCCACACCGUAAAUUUUCCCCUUCUCUAAACUCACUGUGCACAUUCACAGUUAGGGUGUUUGAUCUGCCUGACGUUGACUGCCCUCCUUGGCUGUCCCUGCUGGAUGCAAUCCUCAACCUUCAAGGCUUAGUGGCUCCUCUGAGAACACCUUUCUCAGGCAUGCAUCAGGAGUCCUGACUUCCCCCUUCGUGGUUCCCAGAGUACUUUUUCCCCCUUAGCACAAUUCAUCCUUAGCAUCUGGAUGACUGUGAGCUUCUUCGGAGCAAGUAGAUGUUAUAUUUUAUUUGUCUUUGAUUCUAUUGUUGUCCAGUCCGUAGUAGGUGCUCAGUAGAGGUUGUAGGAUUGAAUUAGGCUGUCCAGUUCAACUCUCCUAUAUUCUAGAAUUUAGACGAGGAAACAGGUGCAAAAAGAGAAGUGACCUGGCCAGGGUCAUGGGAAAAGUUAGUGUCAGAGCCAGGACUAGAGCUCAGGUCUCCUGAUUCUUUGGAUUCAGAGCUUUUUCUGUUGCACCUCAGCUUUGUGGAGACCAGAGCAUGGAUCUGCACUUGGUUUAUGAAGGUCUGACCAGGUUCAUUUCAGGGUCAUGGAUACCACUGUGUUCCCAUGCUGACACUGGGGAAUUCCCAGAGGCAAAGGAAGCCCAGUUGGAGCUGCUGCUGUAGAUUGCGGGGCUCACCUCUCACCGAGCCCCUUGCUCACAGAGAAAACCAGCGAGUGAUUCUGAAAAUCUUGCCUCGAGUCCUCAUUUUGCUGGUAUUCACCGUGUGACCUUGAGCAAAUUGCUUCACAUCUCUGAUCUUCUGUUCCUUUACCAAGAAAAAUGAGGGAGUUGAAUUCAGAUGGUCUCCAGGAGUCAUCUGAUUCCAGAAUAUCAGGAUAUAACAAUAAAGAUGAGGAUAAAGUAGCUACUCCCCUCAGAAAAGGUGAAGAUCCAGGUCUAGGGGGAGAAUUGGCUAGGUUCUUCAUCACAGUCACUGUCUUGAGACACAUAGGUGUUCCAUGGAAACAUUUCCAUGAGGGAUUUCAGAGGGGAGAAUGGUCAGACUGCAAAGCCUCGGUACUCUAAUGCCAGGCAAAAAGAAGAAAGGGAACAGGCAUUUUAGUUUUUACAUUGAAACAGAGUGUAUGUGUAUGGCCCUAUGCAAAUGUUGUUCCUGGUGAAUAUUCAUCAAUGUACUCAUCACACAUAGGUAUAUUUAGACAGAAAGGGGUCCUCAUCACAGACACCCAAAUUAUGAGCACAUUACUGCCUCCUCUCCCCUAGAGGUGCUUCUUCCAGCCUCCCCUAUUGGAGGCCAGCACAAGACGGGCUCUCCAACCCAAUAUCUUCCCCUUCCCUCCUUCCUUUCUGCUCAGGUGGCUGAGUAUACACAUUGAACUCUUUUGUUUCAACUUCACGUGUAUAUAGGUUGGUGCAAAAGUAACUGUGGUGUUUUCCAUUAAAAGUAAUGUCAAGAACCGCAAUUACUUUGGCACCAACCUAAUAUGUAUGCAAGUACAUUCUUUAACCUUUCCAACUCCCAGUCCAAGCCAUCAGGCUAAUUUCCGCGUGGAACUUGUGGUCACUGGUUUGCAGUCCUUUCAUUUCUGGUGUGGUCAGAAGUCUCCUUCAGACUCUUCCCGAUAAGUUGCCAUUGGCUUUUUCAUCACCUUUAGUACCUACGCACUUUUGCUGGGAUAACACUACCCAAGAUAAAUUCAAAAAAUUGUCCUAAGUGUUAGUGUGUUUCUGUUUUGGUUGAAGUCUAUUAUUGCUAUAUGGUUUUCUACUGUUUCUACUUGAUGGAAGACUAUUAAGGGUUAAGUAAGCUGGCCUAGGAAGCUGACCACCAUUUAUAACAUACUUUUGAGUGGGAAAAUGCAUUCAGAGGCCUGUAAUCAAUACUCAGGUGGACUUUGGGAAUAUAGUAUUUAUUUUAUGAGUGACUAGAAUAUUGGUAGAACCAUAGAAACUUUGAAUGUGGAGCUGGAAAGCCUCCUCCUUCCCCCACUGAGAUCAAUUGAUUAACAAGCUAGGUUGUAGAAACCAAGUGAAAGAGGCAAAAACUUGGCCAAGGGCAUGUAGUCGGUGACUUCUGAAGAUUCUGCUGGGCUGGGGGCGGGAAAGGGGUCACAGAUGGUCUUAGGGUUGUCUCACUCAGCAACUCACUGUGUUGGCCUUGGGAAAUGUAAGUCACUGUGUUGGGCUGUAAUAGAAAUAUUGAGAAAGCAGCUCAGAUAAUGGCGUGGGGAGAGGUUGUCUAGUCCUCCGGCUUGUCUGUAAAUUCCUGGCAUGUGCUUGUUGGAGCAGAAUGAAUGGGGCUGCUGUGUUUUACCUGCAGCUAGGAGCAUGGCUGGAGUGGUGGAGACACUCCCUGUGGUCUGUUCUAAAAAUAGCAGUGGGAACAGAGCUGAGGGGAAGAGGAGGGGGCUCCUUCAGGAGCUGGGUGGGGAGGCCUCACCCCCUUCCUCUUCCUGCCAGGCCCGAUGUGAGGAAGUCCCAUGGAGUCACAUAAUUCCAUCUGGGAGAGUCCUGGAGCCAUCAGCCCUCACACCCCCUCCUCAUACAGGCGAGGAGGCCCUGGAGGCCUGGAGAGCAGAAAGCACUGGCUGGUGUCAAGCAAGCCCAGGGAGAAGGGCCCAGUUGGCAGGCUGUUUUUCCCUGGCUGUUUCAGCACAGUGGCUGCAGGCCUUGUGCUGAGGUUUGCUGUCACUGCCUUUGGGCGCACAGAGCCUGGGAACUCCUGGGACCGGAUGUGGUCAGGCUUCCUGAGAGUCGCCUGGCAGGCGAGGAGUCCCCAGCUGGCCCACCCUGAGCCCUGACCUCAGCCAGCUGGCUGUCCAGUGCCACACCUCCUCUUGCUGGUGUCCCCUCCCUUGCUGUCUUGUCCUCCUUUCUUUGGACUGUCUGCAGGGAGGGAGGACAAGGGCCAGCCUAGAUCUGGCCUGCAGGACAGAGGCCUCAGUGGCUCAGGACCUUUCCCUGCCCCUCCCCAGGAACAAGCAGAGGCAGCUGAGGUAGUAGCAGCCUCCUGCAGGUUUAGAGACAGACAGGCCAGGGUUCAAAUCCUAGCUCUUCCUCUCACUAGCCAUGGGAUUACUGAUGGGUCACAGAGCAUCUGUAAAAUGAGACAAGAAUGCUGAUUUCACUGGGGUCUUGUGAAGAUCAAAGGGGAUCUGUUGUAAUGCCUGGCAUGCAGUAGGUACUUAAUAGUAGCUCUUGUUGCAAAACCAAGCAGUGAACAUGUAUCUGACUUUCUAUAACCCCCUUCCUUGGGGCCUCUACUCAUGAGGCAUGGGAAGGUGUUUUUUUUCUUUGUUUGUUUGAAUGCAGUUGACUUUUUUUUUGUUGUGUUGUUGCAAAAGUAAUCCAUGUGAUUGAUGUUUAUUAUGAAGAAAACAUUUAAUACAGAUGAACCAGGAGAAGAAAAUGAAGUUCAUCCUUAAUCCCAGCACCCAGAGAUAAACCACUGUUAACAUUUUGGAAUGUGUCCUGUCAGGCGUUCGUUUAUACACACAUAUAUCUUAUUUGCAAAUUGGGGUUACUGGUGCAAUUUUUCUAACCUGCUUUUUCUCCCCCAUUUAACAGCGUAGUGUAUCCAUGUUUCCAUUUCAAUAAAUAUUCUUCUACAACAUCA